GUUUUUUCCAACGACCUUUGCACCCUGGAUAAAAACAAGCCGAUCAGCUGAUGCAAAAAUAAAGGCAACAACAUCGACACGGAAUAGCUCAGCCUGCUAACUUUCUCCACAACGUCAUCUUUAAGUGGCAGCCGGCGGCGUGUGAAGGUCUCCGUGCGGAGCUCCAGAGCGCGUUGAGACGGCAGUGUAGUUCAGGAACUCAGUCAGUCAGGUUGUUUACUUGUUUGUUUGUUUCUUCAAGUGUAGCCUAUCUCUUUGUGUCAGUGAGAAGAUCAAACUAUAUUUAUCGCAGAUUUUUAGAACCUAUAUAUAUAUAUAUUUCUGUAUAUAUAUUAUAACCGGCGUAUCGAGCUGCAUGCUUUUAAAUAGUAGCUUUGCAUCGACAGCUGUACCAUAACCAAAACAAGACAAGGAAAAAGAGAGAGAGAGAGAGAGCGAGCGAGAGAGAGAGAGAGAGAGCAAACUGUUGUGCCAAAACACACAGUGGUUACACGCGUGGACAAGUGUGUCUGUCAGUAAUAGAAAGUAAUAAGGGCCUCAGUUGAAGUACUUAAAAAAUAUAUUUUUUUCUGAUUUUUUUGUUUGUUUGUGAGGAGAAUUUAAACAACAAGGUUAACAUUGCAUAACUUCUGGUCAUAGACGUGUUUUUUUCCUCCAUCCACGCCGUAUAUAUUUAGCCUUUCUGCCGCAUCACUGUCGCAAUCCAAGUCACUCUCGGUAGUCAGGACCCGAGAUGAGUGGUCCCGGUCCGGCUGCAGAUAAAGGGACCAACGCGGCCCUGCCGGGCUGCCAGGAGAACUACGCCUGCGGGGGUUCCGACGAGGCCGCGUUCGAAUGCGACGAAUGCGGCAGCUUGCAGUGCGUCCGCUGCGAGCUGGAGCUCCAUCGCCAGGAGCGCAUGAGGAACCACGACCGGGUCCGGAUCGCGCCGGGCCACGUCCCGUUCUGUGACUCGUGCAAAGGCGGCGACACCGGCAGCGGCGGCGGCGGCGGCGGCUGCCGGGUCAACGGCGGGCGGCUCAGGGCGGUGGUGCGCUGCCAGGGUUGCAAGAUCAACCUGUGCUCGGACUGCCAGAAACGCACCCACAGUGGGGUCAACAAGAGGAAGCACCCUCUGACGCCGUACCCGCCCCCCUCGGCCCCGCAGGAGGACGGCAGCGCGGGUCAGUCACAGGUGGAGAUCCUGAAGGCGGAGCUGGAGAAGGUGUGCAGCUUCCUCCUGGUGGACGAGUGGGAGGCGAUGCAGGUGAAGGACGAGGUUGACUUUGUGGGCCGACUGGGCUGCGGGUCGGACGAGCUCCUCAAGGUGGUCUCCAUCUUUGGGAACACCGGGGAGGGCAAGUCCCACAGCCUGAACCACACGUUUUUCCUCGGACGAGAAGUGUUCAAGACCUCGCCCACCCAAGAGUCCUGCACCGUGGGCGUGUGGGCGGCCAUGGACCCCGUGCACCGGGUGGUGGUCAUCGACACGGAGGGACUGCUCGGCGCCGGGGCAAACCAGGGUCAGCGGACACGCCUGCUCCUCAAGGUGCUCGCCAUCUGCGACGUGGUGAUCUACCGGACGCACGGCGACCGUCUCCACGACGACCUCUUCAAGUUCCUCGGCGACGCGUCGGACGCCUACCUGAAGCAUUUCACCCGGGAGCUGAAGGCGACCACCAGCCGCUGCGGCCUCGACGUCCCGCUGUCCACUCUGGGCCCCGCCGUGAUCAUCUUCCACGAGACGGUGCACACCAAGCUCCUCGGAACCGACAAACCGUCCGAAUCGGCCGAGCGUCUCCUCCAGGAGCGCUUCAGGAAGCUGGGUCUGUUUCCAGAAGCCUUCAGCUCCAUCCAGUACCGCGGGACUCGGACCUUCAACCCGCCCACGGACUUCAGCGGCCUCCUGCGCAGCCUGGAGCAGCAGCUGGACAACAACACCACCCGCUCGCCGCGCUCCGCGAGCGUCAUCUACAAGGCCCUUCAGGCCCUGAGCGAGCGCUUCAGCGGGGAGAUUUCCGACGAGCACAUGGCCGGCAACUCGUUCUUUCCCGAUGAGUACUUCACCUGCUCCAGUCUCUGCCUCAGCUGUGGUUCCGGCUGUAAGAGAAGCAUGAAUCACCUGAAGGAAGGCCUCGACCACGAAGCCAAGCAGCGCUGCCGCUACUCCGCACAGUACGACAACCACAUCUACACCUGCAAGGCCUGCUACGAGAGAGGGAAGGAGGUCGUCGUGGUUCCCAAAACGACAGCCUCGUCCGACUCGCCGUGGUUCGGCUUGGCCGUCUACGCCUGGUCCGGGUACGUCAUCGAGUGCCCCCACUGUGCAGUGAUCUACAGAAGCAGGCAGUACUGGUAUGGGAACCAGGACCCAGUGGACACGGUGGUCAGAACGGAGAUCCAGCACAUCUGGCCGGGGUGCGACGGCUUUCUGAAGGACAACAACAACGCGGCCCAGAGGUUGCUGGACGGCGUCAAAUACAUUUCUCAGUCGGUGUCUGAACUCGGCGUCAAGCCGGCCAAAGCGGUCACUUCCUGGCUCACCGACCAGAUCGCGCCGACCUACUGGAAGCCCAACUCCCUCCUCCUGAAAUGCCAUAAAUGUGGGGAGGAGUUCCAACCCAACGACACCAAGCACCACUGUCGCGCCUGCGGAGAGGGCUUCUGCGAGUCCUGCUCCUCGAAGACCCGGCCGGUCCCGGAGAGGGGCUGGGGGCCCGCCCCGGUCCGGGUCUGCGACGCGUGCUUCCACAACAGGGGAAUCCCGACCGAGUUGCUGGACGCCGCCUUGGAGGAGGAGUCGGGCACCCUGAUAGCCAGGCGGGUCGGGGAGGUGGUCCAGAACACGUUGGGGGCCGUGGUCGGCGCCAUCGACAUACCUCUCGGCCUGGUGAAGGACGCCGCUCGGCCCGCCUACUGGGUCCCGGAUCAGGACAUCCGCUCCUGCAGCGAGUGCCAGAGGGAGUUCUCCCCGCGCCUCUCCAUCCACCACUGCCGCGCCUGUGGGCAGGGAGUGUGCGGCGACUGCUCCCAGGAGCGCCGCGCCGUGCCGACCCGCGGCUGGGACCACCCGGUGAGGGUCUGCAGCGGCUGCCACCAGAAACCCGGGGACCUCUAGCAGGACCGGGAGGAGUGGCUGAAGUGCGUCGGUUUUCGUCUCCUUAGUGGCAUCUAACAGCUGCCACGAGACUCGGUGGCACGUUGACCGUCCAACGCCGACACUAUUUCACUUUGUUGUGUUUAUAUUUGACACUGAAGAAUAUCAGUGUGAGACUUGAAUAUCAGGACUGGCGCUGAGAUCGAAGAACGUGAUGAAAGGGAGUAUUUAUACGUGUUUGCGGACGGUUGAGUUCAGGUAAACGUCCAUGUACCUCUUUUGAUUCUUUAAAAAAAAAAAAAAAGUGUAUAGAUGCACAUGGACUAUUUGACAAUCCCUCGCCAGAGUACUGACUGGGAAGCACCUUUUACUCUUAAGAAUGGUUCUGCAGGAGUCUCGGAUCGAGAGGAAAACGACGCAACAACCUGAACUUAUCCCCCAUAAUAGUUUCUGAUCCUCGCCCCGAGGGGAUCUCCAGUAGUUCCCCUCCGCUUCGGCCGGAUUAGAACUUUGGGAAGCCGUUGAUGUUACUGUAGCGCUCAGCCGCCGCCCAUCCUGUAGAACUAUAGUAUUAACCUCUUACACAACCCCUCAAUGCUUUGUGGUCGCUUGUGCAUUUGAACGGGCAGAGGAUAAACGGACCGCUUUAAUAACGCUGUCCACACCGUUUGAAUUUGACAUGUUCGAAAAACAUAUGAAGGGGGGAAAGAAAAGAAGUUUACUUUCAUAGGGAAUGUUUUUUUUUUAAAUGGCCAGUUUGGUUUUAAAAUGGUAAAAGAAAAUCUUCAAAUCUGACUGCAUCAAAUGCAACUGUUUUUUUUUUUUAAAGGAGUGACUAGCUCACAAAAGCAAUAUGGUAAAGGGAACACUUGAAGCCGUCUUUGAGGCUGGCCCCUCAAACCGGGACUAAAGAGUAUUUUGACUCUUCCAUCUCAGGCCGUGUAGCCGGUUAACUCGUAGUGAGCCACGAACACACACAGGCGCUUUUGACUGAACGCCUCGGAGUCGUUAAACAGUUUCUUUUCUUUUUUUCUUCAAAUGACUGGGAGAGCUGGUAUGGUUACUAUGGCAACAAAUAAGCUCAAUUAACACUAUCGUCAAUGUUCACAUUUCAGAGAUGUUCAAUGAAUACGAACGUCACAAGGAACAAAGCAAUACCGUUUAUGAUCAUGUAUUAAACUGCAGAAACUCAAAAGUC